AUGAAGUUUGAAUUCAAGCUUAAGAGGAAUCUCAAUUCGUUGAGGCCCAUUAAUAAUGAAAUUGAAUCCAUAGAAGAUGCCGAUAGUAUGACAGAUGAAAGUUCUAUUUUUGACUCGAUUCCCACAAGUAACUCUAUUAGUGUCAUAAGUGAAGAUAUUGAAGAGAAGAAAACUUUCUCGAGACCUAUAAGUUGCUAUACUACUCCUCCUUUAUCAAAUGCGAGCUUAACAUACAAAACCUUCGAAAAGCUCCCAAACCGAGACUUAAUAAGAAAAAGCUCGUGGCUAGGAAGUCUAGUUUCUACUUCAUUAAAAAGAAAGGAAGAUUUUUAUAUAAAGAACAAUAAUACUCUUGAUAGUACCGAAGACUUUGAUUAUAGUUCAAUAAAUAAUGAUGGUAGAAGGCAAGAGUUUUAUCAAAAUUUAGACAUCGGCAAUGGGGCUACGGAAGAACAGUUUAUAAUAGUCGACAACAAAGAACAGACUAAAUUUGAUCUAGAUACAUUAGAUGAUAAUUCAUUCACGUUGACAUCAACCAGUUUUCAUUCCGAGGAUGUUUCAAACAUAUCUUGCUCAACAAUACAGUCCAAUAAUAGAAUACACAGAAAUGCUAGAAUGAAGCCAGAGUUUGAUCAGAAUAUUGUCAGAGAUAGAUUAUCAUUCUUACAACCCACAAGUUCCAGCAUGAAGAUAAAAAUCUACAUUAAUGAAAAGGAUCAACUUGAAGACGUAAUAGCUUUGAAAGUACAGAAGGAACGUUUACAAGAUAUAAAUGUGUUAAUUGACAUAAUAAUAAGUAAAAUUACUAGUAUGCGUUCAGAUAUAAAUAGGGAGAAUAUCAAAUUGUUCCUAGUUUUCAAACAAGAGAGCAUCAGACCAAUUCUUCUUUCAAAGACACCUAGAAAGACCUUUAAUGAGUCUAAUUUAAAUUUAUUUGACAACACUAGCUUGAUAAUGGAUUAUUUAUCGGGCAAAGAAAAGCUCUACAUCAGAGCUUUAGUUUAA